UUGUCCUCAGGAAUAAUGACACUCAGCCGCGGCCCGUGUGACCUCGACAACAUGAGUCUGUUCCAAGACCUCAAAUUAAAGAGACGGAAAGUUGACUCCCGAUGUAGUAGUGAUGGCGAGUCGGCAGCCGACACCAGCACGUCGUCGCCCGACCCGGGCCCACCGUCACCGCGUAUGGCCGAGGCGGGGUGCAGCACGCCGCCGCACCCACCACCCGUGUUCGACGGCGGCGGAUCGCCCUCGCCUUCGCCUUCGUGCCAUCCAACAGUCAUUCGUUCUGCACCACCUUAUUCAGUUAUUAAAUUUGAAGGAGCCCCUGUUGUUAAAACGGAAAGUUCCUCAGUUGGUAAACACGAUUCUGCUCCUUCAACUCAAGUCUCGUCUGUUAAGCUUGAAUCUGCACCCGCGGAAUCUCCUCAGCCUUAUAGGCCUCGUGCUCUUGCACCACCCUCGCAAAGUCCGCAUACAGCGCUUUCACAAGGACAUUGGCCGCCAGCCGCUUGUAUUAACGGUGUGAAGCCAGAACUCAUAGGCGGUCAUUUCCCACCUCAACCAUUAGAACAAAAAACGGGAUCUCGAGGUUCUACGCAAUGGCGCGGUGCGCCAGCUGUCAUUAUGGGCGAAUCUGGUGGUGUUAGGACUAUGUUUUGGACGCUACCUGCCCCAGCCGCUAGUGGUGAGCCAGCAGCGAGUGCGUCACAUACAUCCACACCACCUACGCCAGACCCAGGCACGUGUAGUGAAGAAUCAGCUGCAAGACUGUUGCUCAACCUCGGUGGAGAAUUGAGGCGACCAAGGGGACCAAGAUUAGAUAUGGAGCUUCUUUGGGCUGGAGAUGUAUCGCAGCUACCAGCGCACCAACAAAUGCAUGCAUUAAAUCUAAGUGCUGCUGCAGGAACUGUUUCAGGCUUACCGGGUGUUUCAAGUGCAAGUUCGUUAUCCAGUCGACCUGAACUUCGGACGUAUGCUCCUGAAGCAGAUCGCGAAGAGGAUGAACAACCUAUGAUCUGUAUGAUAUGUGAAGACAAGGCUACUGGAUUACAUUAUGGCAUUAUCACAUGUGAAGGAUGCAAGGGGUUUUUUAAAAGGACUGUACAAAAUCGCCGUGUUUACACGUGUGUUGCUGAUGGUGGCUGUGAAAUUACAAAAGCACAACGGAAUAGAUGCCAAUAUUGCCGUUUCAAAAAAUGCAUUGAACAAGGAAUGGUCUUACAAGCUGUUCGAGAGGACCGUAUGCCUGGAGGUCGAAACAGUGGUGCCGUGUACAACUUAUAUAAAGUUAAAUAUAAGAAACACAAGAAGCCAAAUACGAAAGCAGCCUCCACCACUAGCAGAGCGUCACCACCUGAAAAACCUAAAGACCCCUUACCACCCCUCCCACCGCAUCUCGUUAACGGGACUAUAUUGAAGACUGCGUUAACAAAUCCCAGCGAAGUGGUUCAUUUAAGGGCAAGAUUAGAAAGUGCCGUGUCAUCAUCUCGAGAUCGUGCAGUUCCCUUGGAAAGAGCGUUGCAUAUGAUUCGAGCUCUUAUUGACUGUGAUGCAAUGGAAGAUAUCGCUACCGUACGCCAUUUACCUGAUCUCCUCCACGACACGUCCGAGAUAGGCGACAAACUUUGUAAAAUAGGUGAUUCCAUUGUACAUAAAAUGGUUGCAUGGACGAAAAAGUUACCCUUCAUCAUGGAAAUACCCAUGGAGAUUCAUUCGAAGUUAUUGAUGGAAAAGUGGCACGAGAUCUCAGUCUUAACAACUGCCGCAUAUCAGGCGAUGCACGGGAAACUGGCGCACGCACCACCUUCCUCCGACCAUGAACAUGAUUUCAUGCAAGAGGUGAACGCAAAUUUAAGGACAUUACAGAACUGUUUAACAUCACUCAUGGGUAGACCGAUAACUCUGGAACAGCUCCGGCUUGAUGUCGGUCUGGUUGUGGAAAAAAUGACCCAAAUAACCUGUGUGUUUCGCCGCAUACAGCUCAGGAUGGAGGAAUACGUCUGCUUAAAGGUGUACAUACUGCUUAAUCAGGAAGUGGAGUUGGAAAGUAUUCAGGAUAGGUACGUGCAAGUAUUGCGCAGUUACUUAGAACAUGCCGCACCCCACCAUCCAGGCAGACUUCAGGAGCUGUUCGCUCGUAUACCCGAGAUCCAGGCAGCGGCAAAUCUGCUACUAGAAAGUAAGAUGUUCUACGUGCCGUUUGUGCUAAACUCGGCUGAGAUCAGAUAG